CUGAUCUUCUCCGUAACCAGGUUAUGCGUAUGAGCGCAGCGCUCACGAAUUUUCUGUUCUGGCUGUCAGCAUCAAUAUACGACAUCGUAAACAUCGCGGCUUCUGCUGCAUAUUCGUGUAGAUAUAUAUCUAUAUCUAUAUAUAUAUAUAAGCGCGUUGGAUCUCCGUAUUUCCAUAACGUGAGCGUUAGAUGGCGGCGCAGCGUUGAGGAAAGGCAUUGGCAACGAACGAUUACAGCUGCAUGAUGGGUCUGCCGUGGCGAGCACAGAGUGGAUACCGCGCGCCGAUGGGCCGUCGAUAGAUCGAUAUCGGAUGUGUGCUAUAGAUAUCAGCCGACAUGUUGUUUGCUAUAGGAUUACUGAUCGCGCAUCUGAGUGCUCUGCCGACAAGCCUCGCAGUGAUAAAUCUAACAGCUGACAUGUUAGAUCAAGAAAUACUGGAUUCGUUGUUAGGGCCUGAUGCUAAAUACGAUCAACGAGUAAGCCCCAUGCCUAACCGGAACGAACCGGUGAUCGUGACGGUCGACUUAUACAUCCUAGCAUUAUCAUCGGUUGACGUCAUCCGCAUGUCGUUUGAUGCGGACUUUGUCGUGAGGCAGCGAUGGCUGGACAGGCGACUCAACUUCGAGAAGGCACGCGACCAUGGUAACCACUACAUCGCCGGUACUCCCGCGCUCGCGCAAAGCAUCUGGAGGUCCGACUUGUUCUUCGUUAACGCGCGAGACGCGGCCUGGCACGAGGUGACGAGACCGAACACCCUCAUCCGCAUCUUUCCUAACGGCACCGUGCAGCUGAACCAGAGGGUGAAGGCAUCGUUCUCCUGCCAAAUGCAGCUCAGCGCCUAUCCGUUUGACACGCAGAAUUGCCAGAUUGAACUCGGCAGCUUCGGCUACACAAACACGGAACUCGUUUUUUUAUGGAAACCGGAUGCGCCGUUUACAAUCAAUACUGCAAUAAAACUGCCUCAGUUCAAGUUGCGUGAUUAUAUCCGCACGGAAAUCUACCAAACCGCACAUUACACGGGUAAAUUCAGCUAUUUACGGGCUUACAUCAAGUUUGAUCGAGACUACGAGUAUCACGUGACGCAGAGCUUGAUGCCAUGCGUCUUUCUCGUGAUCUGCUCGUGGGUAUCCUUCUGGCUCGACUCCGAGGCAACGCCGGCCAGGGUUGCUCUUGGCGUGACGACGCUCCUAGCCAUCUACACGCAGAGUGCGGCCGUGCGCUUCAGCCUGCCGCCCGUCUCCUACCUGAAGGCGAUCGACAUCUGGUUCCUCAUCUGCGUCGUGUUCAUCUUCGGCUCGCUCAUCGAGUUCGCUCUCGUAAACUACUUCACGCGCCGAUCGCUGAAGAACCCCGCGAAACAUGUACGGAGCGGUUCAUUCACAGAUCUUUCAAUGAAACAACCGUCACGAGCGAGCGCUGAGAUCGACGCAGAGCGUACCGCGGAUGGCGACGUUAAAACUCAUCUCACUCGCAGACUCACCACGGUAAAGAAACGAUUCAAGAAAGUCAUCGACGAAGACAGAAAGAAGGCAAAGACAAUCGACGUCGUCUCUCGGGUGCUCUUCCCCGUUAGCUUCCUCGUGUGCAUCCUCGUUUUUUGGUGCGUUUACUACGUGAACAACGACGACCAGUAAUCGAUGACGAUAUAGGACGCUAUAAUCCUGCAGCAUCUUGGCAGAGGCGAUCCGUGGUAGAGUCUCUCUUCACAGAGGGAUUCUGUGUAUUCGGUCAUAAUGGUCCCCUCUAUCGUUUUUGCUUAAAAUUUCAUCGACGUUUUAAUGAUUAUAUUACGUUACGGCACGUUUUAUUAUAUUAUUUUCUAAGACACUACUCUAUUUGCCACGGAUUCACACCCAGGUUACUUGUCAUCUAUAGUCAAUUUUGUACAUUAGUUACACGUUUACCUAUACACUAUAUAAUCGAUAUUGCGUUUGGACGCCUGUUGUAACUCUGAAGAGUCAUUAUUGUUCAGUAAACAUGUAUAUAUUCUACAUACA